CACAGAUCGAUCGAGAGGGAGAUUCAGAGGGAGAUUUUCUCUCUGAAGAAGAAGAAGGAGAUUGUGUGUGUAACUGUUAAUUGUACAGAGAAAUAGAGAUGUUUAAGUUUCUGAAAGGAGUAGUAGGUGGAUCUGGUACAGGAUUGAAAGAUCUACCUUAUAAUAUCGGCGAACCUUACUCUUCUGCUUGGGGUUCAUGGACUCACUCUCGCGGUACUUCCAAGGACGAUGGUUCCUUGGUGUCGAUAUUUUCACUUACAGGGAGUAAUGCUCAAGAUGGACAUUUAGCUGCUGGUCGUAAUGGUGUCAAACGUCUACGAACGGUCAGGCAUCCAAAUAUCUUAUCAUUUCUUCACAGCACAGAGGCUGAGAUAUUUGAUGGUGCUACUCCAAAGCAUACUAUCUACAUUGUUACAGAGCCUGUCAUGCCACUCUCUGAGAAGAUUAAGGAACUAGGCCUUGAAGGUACUCAGAGGGAUGAGUAUUAUGCAUGGGGACUGCGCCAGAUAUCUAAGGCUGUGAGCUUUUUGAACAACGACUGCAAACUAGUUCAUGGUAAUGUAUGCUUGGCAAGUGUUGUUGCGACUCCUACGUUGGACUGGAAACUGCAUGCUUUUGACGUGCUAUCUGAGUUUGAUGGAAAUAAUGAAGGGUCUACUGGACCAAUGCUGCAAUACGAGUGGCUAGUCGGAGCACAGUACAAACCGAUGGAAUUGACAAAAUCUGAUUGGGCAGCAAUCCGAAAAUCACCGCCUUAUGCCAUUGAUUCUUGGGGAUUGGGUUGUCUUAUUUAUGAGCUUUUCUCUGGUAUGAAAUUGGCCAAAACGGAAGAGCUGCGCAACACCUCAUCUAUUCCAAAGUCUCUACUUCCAGAUUACCAGAAGCUCUUGAGUUCAAUGCCCCCUCGCAGAUUGAAUACUUCAAAGCUUAUUGAGAACAGUGAGUAUUUUCAGAAUAGGCUGGUGGAGACAAUCCAAUUCAUGGAAAUCUUGAGUUUGAAAGAUAGUGUUGAGAAAGAUACCUUCUUCCGUAAACUUCCAAACUUGGCUGAGCAACUUCCUCGCCCAAUUGUUUUGAAAAAGUUACUGCCUCUACUAGCAUCUGCGCUAGAAUUUGGUUCAGCUGCUGCUCCUGCCUUGACUGCUUUAUUGAAAAUGGCUUCAUGGUUGUCUCCUGAAGAAUUCACUGCUAAGAUAUUGCCAACUGUUGUGAAACUAUUUGCCUCAAAUGACCGUGCUAUUAGAGUAGGCCUUCUACAACAUAUCGAUCAGUUUGGAGAGUCAUUAUCUUCUCAAGUUGUAGAUGAACAAGUUUAUCCUCAUGUUGCCACUGGGUUUUCCGAUACAUCCGCUAUUCUUCGGGAACUGACACUUAAGUCAAUGCUCAUCUUGGCACCCAAGCUGUCUCAGCGAACUAUUGCGGGAUCAUUGCUGAAGUAUCUAUCGAAGUUGCAGGUGGAUGAAGAAGCAGCUAUUAGAACAAACACAACAAUUCUAUUGGGGAACAUUGCCAGCCAUCUUAAUGAUGGGACAAGGAAACGAGUCUUGAUUAAUGCAUUUACAGUACGUGCACUACGUGAUAAUUUCUCGCCCGCACGUGGAGCAGGUAUCAUGGCUUUAUGUGCCACAAGUUCAUAUUAUGACACAAUGGAGAUUGCAACCCGUAUCUUGCCGAACAUUGUUGUACUUACCAUUGAUCCUGAUAGUGAUGUUCGAUCAAAAGCAUUUCAAGCUGUUGACCUGUUUUUACAGAUUGUAAAGCUGCAUGAUGAAAAGAUUAAUAGUGGAGAUACUACUGGAACUUCAAGCAUGGGAACAUCUGCUGGAAAUGCAGGUUUACUCGGAUGGGCGAUGAGCUCGUUGACAAUCAAGGGUAAAGCUGACCACGCACCAGUUGCAUCAGCAGAAUCAAGCGGCCAACUUACUGCAGCAGCCUCAAAUGCAAGCUCAGUGGUGAAUCCUCCGGAUGCAAUGCCGGCCUAUCCAACUUUUACUACUGAUUCAGCUGAUUUACCCGUCCCAUCAUCUCCAACAUCAACUGAUGGUUGGGGAGAAAUUGAAAAUGGUAUUUUUGAAGAGCAAGACAAAGAAGAAAAAGACAUAUGGGAUGAUGUUGAACCAGUUGAGGAGCCAAAACCUGCAGCCUUUGCCAACAUUCAAGCUGCUCAGAAAAGACCCAUUGUGCAACCAAAAUCACAAGUUACAAGUGUGAAACCAAAGAGCACAGUGAGGGCAGCCAAGGAUGAAGAUGAUGACUUAUGGGGAUCCAUUGCUGCUCCUGCCCCGAGGUCAACGGCAUCAGCAUCAAAAUCCUUAAACAUGAGGUCAACGGCAUCAACAUCAUCAUUGGCAUCAGCAUCAUCAACAAAACCUGACGAUGACGAUCCAUGGGCAUCCAUUGCUGCUCCUCCACCAACUACCAGGGCCAAGCCAUUGUCUCUUGGAAGAGGUCGUGGAGCCAAACCCGCUGCCCCGAAAUUGGGUGCACAAAGAGUAAACAGAACAUCCUCAGGUGGAAUUUAGAACUCUGAUUCAAAACAAUUCAUAGACAAACAAACACAACGAAAAACAGAAACACUUCUGCAGAUUUUUUGUAGGGGAAGCCUUGAAUUGGGUAAAGUGGUGGUAAAUCUACUAGUAGUUUCCAGAGGUUGUAAUAUUAAUUUUAUUUUUUUUGUUUCCCUUUAACUUUUGAUUUGUAAUAAUUCUUCCAGUUGUAUUAUUUUAGGGCUUAAAACACUCUACUGCUAGUUCUGACAAAUCUUUAUGUGAAAAAUGUGUGUAGUGGCGGCCAUUUUUAAUUGAAAAUAUCUUCCAGAAUUACAGAUCU